CUCGAGAUUUUUCAGUGCUCACUUCACAAAAAUCACGAUGAUGAGACCAGAGAAGAAGCUGAAGCCGUCGCCGGAUCCGCGACCUCCACCGACCAAUAACGGCGUCGUAUCAAACCAAAGCCACGAUCAAUCCCCAAUCCGAAGAUGGGAGGACUUAGACGUGGACUGCUUAGCAAAUGUGUUCGCCAAAGUCGGAAUGGAGUCUCUACUUCUAUCUCUCUCUUUUGUCUGCAAAUCAUGGUACGCCGUAUCUCACAACCCCUUAUGUUGGAAAGUCCUCUCUUUCCCAGACUUUGAACCCUAUCCCCUGUUCGCUUCUGUUCACGAAAUCGAUUUCGAGACCCUGAAAUUCGGCCCCUUUUAUGAUAAGUUCGUAAACGAGUACAACGUUAACCGAACUCGGUUCACCAUCACCGGUUUCAUCAAACUUGUCGUCAGUCGUAGCAAUGGGAAAGCUACUUAUCUUAAGCUACCCGGGUUCUGUAACGAAGAGGCAUUGAGGUAUGUUUCAGAUGCGUGCCCUGAGCUUAGGAUGUUGCUUUUGUGCGAUGACUUGUUGUUGUUUAAGCAUUCACAUGUAGUUUCGGAGCUGAUUGGGAAGUGGAAGCAUCUGGAGCACUUGACAUUGGGAGGCAACUGCGGCGAGAUUGUGAAGCAGUAUGGUGGUAGUGGGGAGUACUUGAGUAAGUACUUUGAGGGGUUGCUGGCGUUCAACGAGUUCACCAAUGAGAAUUUGCACAGGAUCGUGGUUCAGCUCGGUGUUCACUGCAAGCGUUUCAUGAGUUUGCACGUCUUUGAGACCGUUGUUGGUGAGGCUGAAGCGUCGGCGAUUGUGACUAUGCUGCCGGGUCUGAUGGACUUGACGCUGGGGCAUUGUUGGAUAGAAAGAGAUACUCUUGUUAUGAUCUUGAAGGGGUGUAAGAAGGUUGGUGCUUUUAAUCUAUGGUAUUGUGAAGGUUUUGAGGGGUGUGAUGAGGAAAUGUUGAAGCUUGCUUCCCAUAUUAGGGACUUUUGGUACAAUGGCGCGCCGAAUGAUUUUACCAGCUUGAAUGUGUUGAAGAGGAUUAUCUUGACCAUGGGGAUAAAGAAUCAAAUUUGGAGGAAAGGUAAGCUUCUACUGGCAAGGAUUUCUGAAUUAGAUGAGUAAAGGGUUUUGCAUCUUGUUGUAUGCAUUUUGUUGUAUGGACUCUUUAAAACUGAAUUACCAAUGUAGCUUUACUGAAGCCUUGAUAUGUUUCAAGUUUUCCAGCUGGUUUGUGUAAUCUGGACCAAAAGAUUAAUAUUACCAGUGACUGAGAAUGACUCUUUCCUACU